UGUUUUCGUGGCAUCCGACGAAUUCUGGGUUUCUGGUAGAUUGGAGUUCGUGUUGUGGUUUUCCGACGAUAUUGCUUGUGGUGUAUGUUUUUUCCCAUGCACGUGCAGGUACAAGUGUACAAGUGUGCGAAGUGCGCGGAGUUCAAUAAAGGCAAGCAGAGGGCGGAAAAGUGCAAGACGAGCUUCAACGCGUGGGAUGCUGGGUGCCUCCGGCGUCUCCCGGAGUACAUCUCCAAGGAGUUCCCUUUCCUUCUCACCAAGCGAUCGGGCAUUGAGAUUUGCAUGUUGGACCGGCUUGCAGAUGGUUUGGUGCAUGGGAAGGGCUUCUCCGCUGGUACCAAGAACAUUCGUCAGGCGCAUACGACCAAGUUCAUGGUGGACCAGCUGAAGUACACCUCUCUGGUCAACACCCGGCGGACCAGCUCGGGCAUCUUCCGCUCGGCCAACCUCGCCAAAACUCCGGAGAGGUUCGGCAGCUUUGAUGACUCGACAAAGCACGGCGGUGCGGUCCCGUCGGAGCACUAUUUGCGGGACGUGUGGCGGUUGUAUUUUUCGAAACUCCCCGUGCUGGAGGUGGAUAGCGUGGAUUGGACCCUGGAGGAGUAUCAGCACCGCUUGAUGCAGCGCUGGGACGGAGACAUUCUGGGUGGGGAUGCUUCGUUUAAGUUUGCGAAGAUCAUCCGGCUCGGGGCAAAAGCGGGCGAGGAGCGCACAAGACCAGUGUACGGCUUCUUCACAGUCUUCAACGAAUGUGGUCUGGCAGCGUCCGAUGAAGACCGGUGCCUUGAGCGAGCUGGCGGAGGAGUUGAAGCUUUUUUUCAUGCGAUUCGUUCGCAAUGGCUUCAAGGUUCCUACUCUGUGGAACACAGGUAAUUUGCGAAAUGAUUGUAGACUUGCUUCGCUUUUCGAGGUUGUAGACCGGUGUCAGGCCUGCUGUUUUCGCGGUGACUUUGCAGUAUUGUCUCCUCAAUCCUUUCCGGCCCCGUUGCGUGACGCUUCACUUUUUCAGAUGACUGCUGUGAUGACCGUCAACCGCUGAAACGCAUAUUUCGCGAGUUUGAGGAGGAAACGGGGAUCAGUCUUUAUCUGGAAGACGACGUGGACGCCGGAGUUCAGUUGGAGCUCCUGCCACAGCUGGAUAUAGAGUUCACCCCUGCCAUCGUGUACGACCCGGAGGCGGUAGCCGCUGCCCGCGGCUCCCUCCGUCAAAGCAUCAGCCAAAAUCGGGUGGAGGGAAAGAUGAUGUGCGGAGCGGACGCAGAGUGGCAGUUUUCACUCGUGGGCGGGAACCUGUAGCGACCUUCCAGAUUGCGGCUUUGAGGGGGCCGUCGUUCCUCUUCCUCCUGCAGAGAGGGAGCUCUGGUUUUACGAAGAAAAC